UUAUCGAGUAGUUUGGAUAUAACUUCCGGUUGCGUUAUUUACAUUUUCCCAAUAUGUCGGAGUAUGAUGCAGUACAGAGAGGAUCACUAAAACUUAAGGGUGUUUCUGAUCACAAGAUAAAGAAAAAGAAGAAAAAGGAUAAAGAAAGAGAUGCAAAGAAAGUCUUUGAGCAAAUAUCAUCACAUUCAAAAAAUACUGAUGAUGGAGAGAAACCUCAGAAGGAAGUGAGAGACAUUAGAACCAAGGCAGAAAUAGCUGCUGAUAAAGCAAGGGAAAAGAGGAAGGCAGCUGAGAUCAUUGAAAAAGCCAGCCAGACCCACAAGGAAAGAAUUCUGGGCUUCAACAGACAGCUUGACAACUUAACAGAACAUUUUGAUAUUCCGAAAGUCAGUUGGACAAAGUGAAGACCUCUUCUAUAUCAUUUUUGCUUCAACAACAAUUCAGUCUUUGGUUAUUUGUUUGUUGAAAGACAUUGAGUUUUAAAGCAGGAGACAUGUGUACUCAUUGAUCAAGCAGAUGUAGGAGUUAAGAGCCUUGAUGGAGAUUUAUUUUCAACUUUUGUUUGUUCAACAUUAGUGUUAUUUAUAGUGUGAAGUAUAUGAUGCAUGCUGGAUUCAGGAUAAUGAGAGAAUGUGUAUUUCAGAUGUAAACAACUGAGACAUAGUGCUCACUAUAAAGUAUGUUACAUGUGUAGGUACUAGCACUAUAAUUACUGAUAUAUGUGUAGGUAUUUUGACCGAUUUUCUGGGUUGCUUUGUAUUCUGUCAUUAUACUCCUGUUACAUGAACAGAUGAUGAAUUACAUCAACUUCAAUGUGAAAUAAAGAAGAAAAAAAAGUACUCUGAAUUUGUUAUAUAUAGGAGACUAGUUUUAUUUGAUUAUUGCACAUCUGUGAAUAAUUACUACAUGUUCUACUAUGUUGUCAUGAAUGAAAUCAGGUACAUUUUCCUUAGACAGAAAAGUAUUAUGAAUAUUUUAAAAAUAAAUUAUAAAUCUAC